CGUGUGCUCUGACGUAAUCAUAAUGCGACAGCCAGCUAGAUACGCAGUUGUUGUUUUAUCGGAUUUGUAGGAAUUUUCCGUCACGGACUGAGUUCUGAUUGAAGUUUAUCGAGUCACUGGCGAACCGGAGGAGAACCACAAGAGUCUAGGACCAGAACUGAGCUCCCUGUGACCCGGGUCAGACCAGAAUCCAUCUGCGUGGCGCAGUUUGUCGCUCUGUUUGUGGGUCUUUGAGAACGCUAGCUUUUAGCAUAGUUAGCUCUGAUUAGCCGUGCGUUUGAUUCUGUCUGAUGGAGUAUCCCGGCGGAGGAGGGGCGGUGCUGAGCGGCGGGAACGUCCCGGCCUUCCUGACGAAGCUGUGGACCCUGGUGGAGGACCCGGACACCGACCCGCUCAUCUGCUGGAGCCCGAGUGGAACCAGCUUCCAUGUGUUUGAUCAGGGUCGGUUCUCUAAAGAGGUUCUACCAAAGUUCUUCAAACACAACAACAUGGCCAGCUUCAUCAGACAGCUCAACAUGUACGGGUUCCGUAAGGUGGUUCACAUCGAGCAGGGAGGUUUGGUGAAACCAGAGAGAGACGACACCGAGUUCCAGCAUCCGUUCUUCAUCAGAGGACAAGAACCCCUGCUGGAGAACAUCAAACGCAAAGUCACCAACGUGGCGUCGGUGCGUCAGGAGGAGGUGAAGAUCUCUGCAGACGAAGUGAGCAAGAUCCUAACAGACGUCCAGCUGAUGAAGGGAAAACAGGAGACCAUCGACUCCAGGAUCAUCGCCAUGAAGCAUGAGAACGAAGCUCUGUGGAGGGAGGUGGCCAGUCUGAGACAGAAACACGCUCAGCAGCAGAAAGUCGUCAAUAAGCUGAUCCAGUUUCUGGUGUCUCUCGUCCAGUCCAACCGGAUCAUGGGAGUCAAGAGGAAGAUCCCUCUGAUGCUCAACGACUCUAACUCCGCCCACUCCAUGCCCAAAUAUAGCCGACCAUUCUCGUUGGAGCACAUGCAGGCUGCAGCAAAUCUCUUCUCAGCCGACUCACCGCUGACUUCAGGGCCCAUAAUCUCUGACAUCACAGAGGUGGCCACGCCCACCGCAGAUGAUGUGGUCGGUGAUUGGACGGACCCAGGAGACAUCCAAUCAGUGGACAUCAAAGAGGAGCCAUGCAGUCCUGAGGUGGAGGUGUGUCCUGUUCUAGAGGGCGUGGCUACACCUGUGGACACGCCCCUCUCCCCCACCACCUUCAUCAACUCCAUCCUACUGGACACGGAGACAACGCCACCAAUGGGCACCCCGACCUGCAGCCCCUCUACAGCCACUCCUGUUGUGGUGACAAACCCCGCCUCUGCUGGGUCACUCCCACCAACUCCAGCCAGCCAAUCGCCUGCCUCCUCUGCCCCAACAAAUUCUGCCCCCAAGCCCCCAACAACACCUCAACAGAAAUGUCAGACCAUUGCUUGUAUCGACAGGUCGGAGCUGCUGGAUCACGUGGACCUCAUCGACAACAGCUUAGAAAACCUGCAGAACAUGUUGAACACACAGACCUUCACCUUCGACACGUCUCCUCUCUUUGAGUUUUUCAGUUCGUCCGGUCCUCCAGCAGACUUCGACCUCGACAGUUUGGACACGCUGCUGUCUGAAGAGACUCCUAAAGGAAGCGCUGAAAGCAACACAGGGAAACAGCUGGUGCAGUACUCCGUAGCCACACCUGUCCAACUGUCUGAACCAAUCAAUGCGGGGGAGGGCGGAGCCGACCUGCCAUCCCUGCUGGAGCUGGAGGGGGAGCCUUUCUUUGACGCCGACCCGCCCGCCGAUGAUCCCGCCACCGCCCUGCUAAGCCAUGCCCACCUGGACUCUGACCUCUGACAUCACAAGGAUGAUCCGUCAGUAACCAUAGCAACAGACACUCUGAGCACGGACUCAGCCACAGCAAUAGAUGAUAAUGAAGUCAAUCAGCUGUAGAUCAACCGUUAGGUCAAAGUUUUUAUUAUGCAGAUAUUAUUGAUCGAUAUUAACCAUUUAUAUACCUGUCCUCUUCUUCUUCUACUCUUUUUAUUUUAGCCUUUGUUUCUUCUUCGCUGCUUAAAUUAAAUCCUUUGUUUGUUGCUCACUGUAAACACAAACAACAAAGGUUCUCAGAGAACCUGGGUCACAUGGUCCAAUCGGAAACAGGUGUGGUGUCCCUGUGCAGGUGAGUCAUGUGACCCAGGGGUUCUCUGCGCUCUGCAUGUUGAAGUCAGUUUUUAUGGUUGUUUUCAUGUGUACAACAUAAAGAAGAGAAUCGGGAUAUUUUUGAAAAUGUUUAUUUCUGAGUGUCUUCUCGCCUCCUCUGUUGCCAUGGAAACAGCCUGCAGGAACAGACCAAUCCGAUCUCCUUCAGGGCUUUUUCACGUCAGCUUGCCUGAAUCAGUCGUCCAAUCAGAUGUGUAGCUGCUGGACACCUGAGACAAAAACCACUUGAACGCCUCCUGCUGGACGCUGAUGGAACUGCAGCCGCAGCUGGAUCAUUUCCAAGGAGAGACUUUUAGGAUUUAUUAGCUCUGUGACCAGAAUCACUUUCUGAAAGAAUAUUGUGAUCUAAAGUAUUAAAUGACCAAGAAAUACCUGAAUAAAAAAACUUGCCAAAAUUCUUACCUAAACAUUUAGAUACAUGCAGACGUCGUUCUGAAACAUGCUAAAUAAAUCUGUCAUUGUUAUUAAAAUUACAUGAAUAUUUGAUACAUUAAUGGAAAAAAUCUAAUUUAAAAAAAAUGUAAAAACUAAUGAAGUGUCAAAAACAGUAAAAAAAAUUUUAAAUGUCAAAAUUCAUUAAAUUCUUCCAAACUGUUGUAAAAAUUAAAAAAAACUAAAUGUGCAAACAAUGUAUGAAAAAUAAACUAUUUCGUUUCACAAUUUAAAAAGAGUGAAAAUGUCAGAAGAAUAUUUUGUAAAUGCACUGAAAAGCAACGGAUGGGUAAUAAGGAUUAUUUUUUUCUGAAUUACUGUCUAAAAAAGCUCAGAAAAAUAUUUAGAAAUGGUUACUAAUAAUUACAAUUAGUGAAAAUAUCAAUAUUUACAAAACGCCCCCCAAAAUAGUAAUAAUGAUAGUAAUUUUAAUCAUAGUUCAAAUUAUAUUUCAGUAAAUUUCCCAACAAUGGUAUGAACAUUAUAUUUAAUAAUGUUGCAUUCCUUUAUUUUAAGAAAAUAAUAAUUAGCAUUAAAAAAAUCUGAAAUUUAGUCCAAAAACUGCCAGUAGUAAAAAAUGUCAUAAUUACUGAAGAACAUUAAUAGAUUAAUGGAGUGGUAAAAAAAACAAAACAUUAUUAAUGGUAAUAAAAUGUGCAAACAUCUGUAAAAUAUUACCCAAGCAGAUGAAAUUAAACUGUAUUUAACCCUCCUGUUUGUCCUCAGUUACGGGCACCAAAAAAUAUUGAUGAUCCAAAAAUUCAGCAAAAAAAUUCCCCACAUUUAUAAAAAUUUGCAAAGUCUUCAGUAAGAAAAUCCAAAUAUUCCUUAACAGUUUCCCUUAAAAAUUUUGUUUAAGAAAAGAAAAAAAUCACCAAAUUUGGUAAGAAAUAAAAAUCCAAAUAAUUAAUAAAAAUCUUACAAAAAAUCCUAGAAAUAUCUAAAGUGAUUACAUUAUAUAAGUAAAAUUUCUAAUAUUUUCUUGAGGAACAUUUGGAAAAAAGUGAAAUUCACUGGAUUUUGGUUGACUUUUUUCCCCAAAUGUUCUUAAAGAAACAUUUUUUUCAACAUUUCUUAUUUUCCACAAAAAAUGUUCAAAAAUUUCCCAAAAAUAUGGAAAUUUUCACUGUGAAAAUACAUAGUUUUCCAUAUUUUCAAACUUUAAAACGGGUCAAUUUGACCUGUAGGACGACAUGAGGAUUAAGAAUGAAAAAGGACGAUGUUGAUCUGUUGCACUGAAUUAAAGAAAUCUGGAACCAGAAUGAAGAUCUGAGAUGUUCUGCAGCUCAGAUCCAGUCUGGAUGUUAAAUGUUUGACUUGACCUGCGAUGAAAAAGCCCUGAUUGAUUGAUGUUCUGAUGGAUGUUUGUUCCUGUGUGAUUCUUCAUGUUUCAGAUCACGUGUAAGACCAGAACUGAAACUGGUUUUAAGGUUUAAAUCAUCAAUUCAGCUAAACUUGACUCAAGAUUUUCAGAAUAAAGCGUCUGAAAACCUGAAACACUCAACGAUUUCAGGUCAUCGUGCAUAAAAUGGUGGAAAAUGUGGAUCAGUUUCCUAAAAUGUCUUCCAUUUACUGUCACAGAGGAGGAAAGAAGGACUAAAACGGUUUUUAUCCAGAAAUGACUGAAACUGAUUUAUGAAUCAUCAAAAUAGGGAUUCAUUCAUGGUUGCACAGAUUUAUCUUUGAUGAAAACUGAAGCAAAGAUAGUUGGAUGUUUACUUCCUGGUUUUAAAUGUUUGAAUUCUCAGUUGAACAGAAGCUUCUCAGGUGUUUCUGGGUCUGAACAGUUUAAAGUGAUGCAGUAACUGGUUUAAUUUUCUUUCAUCAAUCAGCUGUGAUCAGUAUAUCAGUUUUAAUAAGCCAUUCCUUCAGCCUGAGCUCACCUGACAGCUGUUCCCCUGCUGCAGAGGAGGAUUGUGGGAGACGAAGUUCAGAUAAAGUGUUAACUGCGAGGUUUAAGUUCAAUAAAACCAUUUAAACGGC